CACACAAUCACAUACAAGCAAACCCCCUCUGUCCCCCCGCUAUGUCGACAUUAUAUACAUACAGAGAUAUCCCGAAAAGAUUUAUAAAAAAAAAAUAAACAGAAGAACCGAGGAGUUUUCUAAACUUAACGAAGACGAUCAGACAACGAUCCUCUCUCUCUCUCUCUCUCCUCUUCACAUCUCGUCUUCUCCUCGCCGGUAAACCCACCGGAGCUCUCCACACAGGCCUUCACUGUCGCCGCAAUGAGGCCGCCGGCGCCGAUCAACUUAAACGUCGUCGCUCGAAGGGUCGACGUCGACAAUCGAUUUCCCCUCCGCCAUUAUUAUCGAAUCGCCGAUAGCCUCCUCAAACAGGCGAGUAUUUAUCGGGAGGAGAAGAACAUCAUAGACUUGUAUGUCAUGCUUCUUAGAUACUCCAGCUUGGUGUCUGAAACUAUACCCUUCCAUCGAGAUUACCCGGUUUUGCUUCCAAGAGAAAGAGCAUUUUACACAAAGAAAUUGUCAGUUGUGCUGGAUGAGCUUGAAUCGUUGAAGCCUAAAUUUCAACGUCUACUGAAUGAAAGAAACAAAGCUCAUGCAGGGACUCAAGAUUAUCAACUUGACACCCAAGGAAGAAUUUCAUAUGGUUUACAGGAAUCCCCCUCGGAUAGGAAAGCUUCUUUGAGCCUGAAUGAUAAGCAGCUAGUCAGACAAGCACCUUCAUCUUCAUGGAAGCAGAACAAUGGCGAUACUAAAUUCUUACCCACAAAUUCGAUUGACGCACAACUCCAGAAGCCUUCUCUUAAUGUACCUAUGCCGAAGAAGGAAACUUUGUCUAGACACUCUUUAUUGGGCCCAAAUGGUCUUCAGGGUCAGUGGCUGGGACCUAGCCCAGAGAUAAAGGUUCACUAUCCAAGCCAUGCUGAUGUGGCUCCAAAUGAAAAUUCAGGCCUGAAUCAAGCUUCACAAUAUGACAUUGUGGCAUUCAAAGAUGGCGAGCCAGGAGUAGAUAAAUCUACCAUGGAAUCAUUACUGUCUUUGGAUGAUGGAAGAUGGUUACAGCCUUCUGAUGACUCUUGCUCUCACCUAACUAAUGAGGCAAGCAAUGGCCCUUUCGUCUUGGGCAAUAUCAGGCAACCUUCUCCUCCUCCAGUUCUUGCUCAAGUGCAACCAAAGCUUCUGCCAAUUUCUCCAUCAAGAGUUGCAGAUCCAAGACCAGGACCAGCAAAACCAUUGCAGGAUGGAAUGCACAGCUCCAAUUCCUUCCAGCAUUUACACAUUCCAGUAAAAAUGAUGGAAGAUUUUCUGAGAUUAGCGCGAGAAAAUACUGCAAAAAAUUUAGAAACAUGUGGUGUUCUUGCCGGUUCACUUAAAAACAGGAUGUUCCAUAUCAGUACACUUAUCAUCCCAAAGCAGGAGUCAACUUCUGAUUCGUGUCAGACCUUGAAUGAAGAAGAAAUCUUUGAAAUCCAAGACACACGCUCACUAUUUCAACUCGGAUGGAUCCAUACACACCCAUCACAGACUUGUUUUAUGUCAUCAGUUGAUCUGCAUACGCAUUACUCAUAUCAGGUCAUGUUACCAGAAGCUAUCGCAAUUGUUAUGGCUCCCACAGACACAUCCAGUCCGCAUGGCAUCUUUCACCUGUCCGAUCCAAGUGGUGUUUCAGUUAUACGAAAUUGUCAGCAGCGGGGUUUUCAUCCUCACGAGGAGGCCGAGGAUGGAAGUCCAAUCUACGAGCACUGUUCUCAUGUUUAUAUGAAUGAGAGGAUGAAGUUUGACGUGGUAGAUCUACGGUGAUCUUGCAUUCCUUGAUCAUAAACUGGUAUUUAAAAGAACAACGAAAAUAUUUAGUCGUGAGUAUAGAGAUUAUUUGUAAGCUUCUCACAGCUGAUGAUGUCAAUCUUGUAAAUUCGUCGGAUUUGUGAAUAGAAUUUGAGAGAGAGAGCAAAGCGCGAUUCAAUGAAACCAAAUUGGUUACUAGGUUGAAUUUCAGCAUGUACUUAAUUGUAACUUGUCAGUUCGAAUGGGAGCUCUUGAAGGUGCCUUUAUUAUUAUUUUUAAAA